GACGACCUCGUUCUUACGUCGUUUGAUUGGUGAAUCUCGUGUGAAUAAGACCUGACGCUGUCAGACAAAUAUCCUUCUGAGCAAGAAAGGGAAAGAAAAAAAAAAGAUCUCUCCAAUCGGACUGGUCGAAGCUCAGCCAGCGGGCCCCACGUUCAUCACCGACUACCGAAAACUUCCAACCGACGACCGGACUCGAGACGUCCCCCUUCCACCGACGACGACGACGAAAAUAACCCCAACAUGUCGAAAUUUGGCGUCCUAGUCAUGGGCCCGGCCGGCGCCGGCAAAACCACUUUCUGCAACGCCAUGAUCCAACACCUCCAAACCACCCGCCGCAGUUGCUUCUACGUGAACCUGGACCCCGCCGCCGAGACAUUCAACUACGAGCCGGACCUAGACAUCCGGGAGCUGAUCACGCUGGAAGACGUCAUGGAGGAGAUGGGGCUCGGUCCGAACGGGGGUCUCAUCUACUGCUUCGAGUUCCUGCUGCAGAACCUGGACUUCCUGUCUGAGGCGAUCGACCCGCUUUCCGAGGAAUACCUGAUUAUCAUCGACAUGCCGGGGCAAAUCGAGCUGUAUACGCACGUGCCGCUGCUGCCGUCGUUGGUGAACUUCUUAUCCCGCGCGGGUCCGCUCAACGUUAAUCUUUGCGCGGCGUAUCUGCUGGAGAGUACCUUUGUGGUGGACAAGGCGAAGUUCUUUGCGGGCACGCUGAGCGCCAUGUCUGCGAUGUUGAUGCUGGAGAUGCCGCAUGUGAAUAUCCUGACGAAGAUGGAUCAGGUGCGCGAUAUGGUCUCGCGGAAGGAGAUGCGGCGGUUUACGAAUGUGGACGUGCAGUCGUUGCAGGAUGCGGAGGAGGCGCCGGUGGGGGAUGAGGAGGAGGCGGAGACGGGGACGGAAGACCCCUCGGCGGCGAAGACGGUCAUGAGCGGGAGGUCGUUCCAGCGGUUGAACCGGGCCGUGGCGCAGUUGAUUGAUGACUUUAGCAUGGUGUCGUUUUUGCAGCUCGAGGUGCAGGACGAGGAUAGUGUCGCUGCUGUGUUGAGCCAUAUCGACGAUGCGAUCCAGUAUCACGAGGCGCAGGAGCCGCGCGAGCCGGGUGACGAGCAUGAUAUUGACUAUGAGGAUACGGAGUGAGGGGGGUUCUUUCUGUGAAGACUCUUUUACGACCUAUCAUACAGCUCUCGGUAGCUUUGAUACAUGCGCGCAUGGUCUACCGAUCAGGACAAGCGACGCAGUCCGCUCACUCCGAGCUCACCAUCAGCAUCAGCUCCGACCUCGCUCAGCUCUCAACCAGCGUCCUCGACUCGGAGACAGCUUCCCAGAGGGGGCAGUCUGUCUCCAACUCCAAAGCAGAUUACUC